ACACUUUGUUUUCAAACACCCGUGCGACUUGGCAACAGGACAUGGCUGCAGGACUCAGGCCUCCUCUCCCGUUGGUCCUUGCCUUGGUGAUCGUGGCCCUGCGAUGGCCGGAGGGAGCUGUCGCCUUCCACUCCAUGCCUCUCUCCAACCUCUUUGCCAACGCAGUCCUGCGGGCUCAGCACCUGCACUUGCUGGCUGCUGACACUUACAAAGAGUUUGAGAGGUCCUACAUCCCAGAAGACCAGCGGAACUCCAACAAGAACUCCCAGUCGGCCACCUGCUACUCUGAAACCAUCCCGGCACCCACAGGGAAGGAUGACGCCCAGCAGAAGUCGGACACGGAGCUGCUCAGGUUUUCACUCACCCUCAUUCAGUCGUGGCUCAGCCCAGUGCGCUUCUUAAGCCGGGUGUUCACUAACAACCUAGUCUUCGGAACUUCGGACCGAGUCUAUGAAAAACUGCAAGACUUGGAAGAAGGCAUCCGUAUCCUCAUACGGGAGGUGGGGGAUGGGAGCCCCCGGGGCCUUCAUCUCCUGAUGCCCAGCUACGACAAGUUCGAUGCCAGCUCCCAGAACGAAGCUUCUCUCAUGAAAAACUACGGCCUUCUGUUGUGCUUCAAGAAGGACCUGCACAAAGUGGAGACCUACCUGAAAGUCAUGAAGUGCCGGCGUUUUGGGGAGAUUAACUGCACCUUCUGAGGACGAGCGACAGGUGCCUCUGCCUGCAGCCAACUUUGCAUGCCGUCCUCCAAAGCCUGGUGAAGUUGGCGUGCCACUGAGACCACGCCUGCUGCCAUCUCCUGCUAGUAAGGAAACCCCGAGCCAAAUAGAGAGCGAAGCACUCUGCCUUUCAUAGCUCUGCUGCUUGUAAGAGCCCUCAAAACGCUCCCUUUGUUCUUGGAAAGGUAAACACCACUGUGCUUGUGACGAAUAAACCCACUG